AUGCUGACCGGGUCUAAGUCGACCACGGGAUUGUACGCGCCGCGUAUCAAGGCAAUUCCUCAAAGAUCCUUCCCCUUUGUAAAACUCUUCAAGUAUCCCUCGUCGCUACCCAUAUCCAUCUCCUCUUCUUCAAAGACUUCAACAGUCGCCUCACCUCUCUUCAUUGGAGCUCUUUAUAAACUUGUCCUACCGAGACCAGAAAUACAAACAACUUCAACAUCGCCGACCUUCCAUCCACACAUCGUCAGCUGA